AUGAUAAACCUCCAUUUUUGGAGUCUUAUAUCGUCAGGAAGUCGUGCAGAUCAGCCUCAGAAUGAUGAGCUUGUUGUUAUGGGACUCAAGAGUCUUAGCAGUUUGGAGGCAACUGUUGGUGUCUAUGAAGAAACUGUUAGUUGUGUAACUGUUCCGAAGGUGACUCUGACUUUCCUAGCGCUGGAGACGAUUUAUUAUUAUCGAGAACACGAGAUCAGGGCAAGUCCGAUUGCAGGACUAUAUCAACACCUGCGAGGUAAUGAGACAAUGCCCUUCAAGCAGGUAAUCACCAUCGUUCACACUUUGGAUUCAUCAGAACUCGGUAGAUGCUUAUUGGCCGAACGCGUAGGAACUUAACUUGUCGCA